UGCUAGCGAAGAGCACCCUGAGCUCGCGGGAGCCUUGCAGUAGCAUGUGCGGGUUCCCGGGGACAUAGGGCUCUGCCUGGCGCCUGCCUCGGUUGUCCCCGCGCGGCCUGGGUGAAGGGCGGGAGAGACAGGAGGGGCUCUAAGCAGGCACUUGGGCAGCUGCCAGGCCUCACAGAUCCCUCGGCGGCGCUUCACCCUGCACCAGCGGGUGCCCAAGCCCUCCACGUCCCCUCCUCCCUCUGCAAGCUGACGGACGCGAGGGACAUGGUGGCCUCUGGCAGCGCGCAGAGCGACUUUGACUACUGGGACUAUGCUGCCCCUGAGCCCAACCUGCGGCAGGUGGUACUCGAGGAGCCUGCGUGCUGGAGCCUGGCUGCCAUGCUGGAGCAAUGCCUGUCCAGGUCCAAGCAGACCAAACUGGGCUGCUCCACAGUGCUGGUGCCUGAGCAGCUGACCCGACGCAUCGCCCAGGACGUCCUGCGACUGUCAUCCACAGAGCCCUGUGGCCUGCGGAGCUGCGUGAUACAGGUGCAGCUGGAAGCAGGCGAUGUGUGCAAGAGGCUGGGCCAGAUCGUGUGCGACACCAGCAUGGCACCCACAUUCGAGCUGACGCUGGUGUUCAAGCAGGAGCCCCGCUCCUGGGACGGCUUCAGGAACAUCUUCAGCAGAGGCUGCCUCUCCUCUGGCCUGGGGCGUACACUGAUUCUCAGCCCAGGCUUCCGACUUGUCAAGAAAAAACUGUACUCUCUGCUGGGACCCAUGGUCACUGAGGGGUGCUAGGAAGGACAAACAUUCCAGAGGUUCUUUAGGGAGAGGGUAAUAAAAAUGCACAGCUGCUCAGGCACAGGCAUCCUUAGUGUGAUCUGCUGCCCUUAAUUAGGCCACUUCUUUUCAUUUGUCCUUAGACUUGGAUCAGCUCUAGAGGUGGUUUUUUGGCUUUUGAGCAAUAACCCAAAAAAGUACAUUUUAUACAUAUAUCACGUUUCUAUCAAGUUUUUGUGGAGUUUUUACUCUCUUAGAUUUUCUAUUUGACUCCACAAUCUUUUGUGGUCAUUCUUAGGAACCAGGGGUCCCCCAUAUGUGUUCACAGUGCUUGUCCUCUAAGCGCCCCUUAACUGUACACAGUGGUGCUCAGUUCCUGAGGCACCCAGAAGCCCAACCCAGCUUCCGCUCACAGUUUGAGCUCCUAAGAGCUCCCUUGUGUGACAGUGAGGAAGACACGUAACAGAAGCCCCAGUGGCUCACACUGGUGCCGUGUCCUCAUGUCUUGGUGACUGAGUGGCUGUGGUGGUGCUUCAAGGACCCCUGUACCAAGCUCAGUCCUCCUCCUCCAGGACUGAGCACGGCCUCUGCACCAGACAAGGGGUAGUGUCGCCCUUUCCGUGUGACGCUUGGUUGAUGCCAUCCAGGGAAAACUGAUUCCGGGGCCAGGAAGACGGGAAGGAGCUGGCAGUGCAGUCCCAUUCGAUUCUGCUGGGCAGCGCCACUAGCUGCUGGGGUCCAAGUGAGGGGGAGGGCAGGGCUCUCCCCAGUCCUGGUCCACGGAGAUGCCAGGCUGAGCUGCACCCAUCACAGUGAGUGACCAGAUAUGGGGAUUCACAGAAGGCUCACACUGCAUGAGAAAGACCACAGGUCAUAUCCCUGAGUCCAGUAAUACCAGCUCCCUCCCGCCAGGCAGGAAUAAAGACUAAUUAGAUCAUU